AUGUCACUGGGGACAUUUUUGUGGCAUCUCGCCGGCACACUUGAAUGCAUCGGACGCCUGAAAGACGCAUUCGCGAUUGGCUUAGAAGAGACUAUAAAGGUAGGUCACACUGACUGCGCUCGACAGAGCCUUCAGCAUCACAUCGUCUCUGCGAAAUGUGAAGAUGAGCAGCCGAGGCUGGCCGGUCUCGCGGCCGCCUGCCACAUCAAAGUGAACUGA